AUGCGUUCCACCCUUGCAACCCUUCUUCUCCUUUCAACUCCCAUCCAGGCUGGUUUCUCUGCACGGAUAUGGACACACUUCUAUCCAAACUGCCCAGGUGACACCUUCGGGGACAUGAGCGCGUAUGAGAACUUUCGCGAAACCUCCCCUUCGAAAGACAUCCCAAUUGGCAAAUGCACAAACUUCGCCGUUCCACCAAACGAGUACAACCUGGUUCAAGCCGUUUCUAUCGACGGCGAGCUAAUCUCCCCGCAAACCGGACACCCGUUCCCACCAGGUUUCGGCCCCAGGCAAGACUGCAACAUCACUCUUCACGAAGUACCCGAUUGCUUCGAUGACCCGCUGAUCACCAAGAAAUUGCAACACGGCGUCGAGGUGAGCGAGUGCUCCAUGCGCUCGUUUGCCACUUACAGCAAUGUCUGGGUCAAGCUCGUUUGCUCCGACAGCGCGUCAUCCGAGCCCAAAUCCUUCGACAACCAACCUAUCGAUACGCCACGCCCAGACCAAGCCGACGGCACUCAGCAAGGAAGUAAUGUACAAACUCCCGGCUCCAACGCCAAUUCAUGGCACCUAGCUCAAACUUUGAGCUCUGAGCGCGAGCCUCACCAGGAAGAGCGCGUGGAAAAUGAGGGCCAUCUUGAGAGCAGCCAGGUUGUCGCGAAGAUCAUGGAGGAGAUUGCGCACCGCAAGCACGGCCUGAAUAUUGUCUCUGGGAAGCCCAACUUCACUAGCCUCAUUAAUGGGACGAAGCUACACAACAAUGGUACCGCUCCUGGUAACCACACUAUUUCUCGUCGAAAGCUUUCUGUUCUGCGAAACCGUCCAACCCGAUUGUACUAG